CAUAAAUGCAAAAGCGUGUGUUGGCAGAGUGUGAGCAUGAGAGCAAGAGGAUGCUAUAAUAUGCUUUCUUUGAGGAGACCCAGUCCCGCUUUGACGAGAGCUUUGACCAGGAGAGGGGCAGUCGGAGCAGGUGGAGUAUUGUAUUGGCAAACAGUAAAAGUCAGUGCUGCAUGUACGCACAGCACUCCUGGCGCGAUGAGCAUGCCAGAACGAGAGCGCUAUUUCAGCCCGAUUCGUGCGGACAAGUCAGGAGCCAACCCCCCUGCCAAUGUUUGUGAUGGUAUCCGGGCAAGACUGGCAAGAAGUUUGAGGCGUCUUCUCCGAGCUCUAGAGAUACUUCUUCUCUGGUCUCCUGUCGUGGUCUCUGGCUCUGUCUUGACCGUACUGCAUCGGCUGCCGUUGCUACCAAAGGAGACGUCGACGCACCUCUUGGAUGUGUGGUGGACUUUUGUGUUGAACAUCAUCACCAAAAGCGGACCCACGUUCAUAAAGCAUGUGCUGUUUGGCGGGGUUGCGUCGCCGUUCCUACUUGCAACUGCACACGGAGCCAAAUCGAUUGUCCUCCGCUGCAACCCGUCGCGCCGGCGUUGGCUCGUCAAUCAGGCUGGACAGUGGGUGAGCACACGACGAGACACGUUUCCCGAACAGGUUUGCACACAACUAGGAGAGCUUCACAGGUUCACCAGGACUUCCACGAGGGCGCACGGGGAAGAUGCUCUGCAACAGGCGUUUGGUGACAGUUGGCGCCAGUUCUUGGCUCUAGAAGACGAACCGCUGGGAUCAGGCUGUGUGGCGAGCGUCUAUAAGGGACAUAUUGUCGCUGGCGAGAACGAAGGCAAGGUUGUUGCCGUGAAAGUGCUACACCCAGGUAUCAAGAAAACGGUCCAACUUGACCUUGAACUGAUGCGCCGAGCUGCGGAGGUGCUCGAACAUAUUCCUGUCCUUCACCUGCACUGGCUGUCGUUGGUCGAGUGUGUGGAUCAGUUCGCGUCGCUCAUGGAGAUGCAAAUGGAUCUGAGGCAGGAAGCGGCGAACCUCGAGCGCUUCACGAAAAACUUCGAAGACGAUCCGACGAUAUUGUUUCCAAAUCCAGUGUAUCCGUGGGUGCACGAGUCUGUUUUGAUGGAGGAUUUCUUGAGAGGAGAACCUGUUUCGGAUUUCUUUCCAUCCAAGAACCUGGCCCAUUUGGGCCUCCAAGCGUUUCUCAAGAUGGCGUUUCUCGACAAUUUCGUGCACGGCGAUCUUCACCCCGGAAACUUGAUGGUAGGACGACGAGAAGAUAACGGGGAAGAGCGACUCAUCUUCCUAGAUGCGGGUAUUGUAUGCGAGCUCGACGAGGAGGAUCGGCGAAACUUCUGCGACCUUUUCCAUGCUGUUGUGGUUGGCGAGGGCAAGCGGGCAGGUUCGCUGAUGGUUGAAAGGGCACGAAAUCAGCGGUGCCAGGACCCGGACGGCUUUUGCGAAGGGGUGAACGAAGUGGUGCAAGGAGCUAGGUCGAGCGGGAUGCGCUUGGGGGAGAUGCAGGCCGGAGAUUUACUGGAGAGAAUAUUCAGGUUGUGCUUAAAGCAUGAGGUCAAGCUUGAGUCCAAGUUCGCCAAGACUUUGAUCGCCAUCGCAGUUUUGGAAGGAGUUGGGCGGAGCCUGGACCCAGACCUCAACCUUUUGAAGGCUUCGCUACCGGUGGUUUUGAAAGCCACGGCGAUGAACAGGGCAGGAGUAGAGUAGAGUUGCCACCACGCAGGCACUUCGUACCUUGGGCGUAUUGGUGCAGC